AAUUUUGGUCGCUAAGAUACUCAGCAUUUCCGCUUCCUUUCCCUCUAGUCUAGGUUCGGGCAAGCCAGUCACGUUCUUUCCGCCAAUGAUAAAUGGGCAGUGGGCGGAACCUUACUUGUCCGGACCAAAGAAAUGCUGUCUUGGCGUAGUGUCGUGCGGCCAAUGACGAUGGGGCAGCCCCUGUAGAGUGGCUCGGGCGCCCCCACGCCCGCCUUUGCUCCUCCUUUCAGCCCUGCCCCUCCCUACCCGGUUUAAGCAGAGCGCUGGUCGCAGUCUGACAGGAACGGGACGGAGCCAAGAUGGCGGCGGCCGACGGCGACGACUCGCUUUAUCCCAUUGCGGUGCUCAUAGACGAGCUCCGCAACGAGGAUGUUCAGCUUCGCCUCAAUAGCAUCAAGAAGCUGUCCACCAUUGCCUUGGCCCUUGGGGUUGAAAGGACCCGAAGCGAGCUCCUGCCCUUCCUUACAGACACCAUCUAUGAUGAAGAUGAGGUUCUGUUGGCCCUGGCGGAACAACUGGGAACAUUCACUGGUCUGGUGGGAGGCCCAGAGUAUGUACACUGCCUGCUGCCACCCUUGGAGUCACUGGCCACAGUGGAGGAAACAGUGGUGCGGGACAAAGCUGUGGAGUCCUUGCGGGCCAUCUCGCAUGAGCACUCACCAUCAGACCUGGAGGCCCACUUCGUGCCACUGGUGAAGCGUCUGGCGGGUGGCGACUGGUUCACCUCCCGCACCUCUGCCUGCGGCCUCUUCUCUGUCUGCUACCCCCGAGUGUCCAGUGCUGUGAAGGCAGAACUUCGACAGUACUUCCGGAACCUGUGCUCAGAUGACACCCCCAUGGUGCGGCGGGCCGCAGCCUCCAAGCUGGGGGAGUUUGCCAAGGUGCUGGAGCUGGACAAUGUCAAGAGUGAGAUCAUCCCCAUGUUCUCCAACCUGGCCUCUGAUGAGCAGGACUCGGUGCGGCUGCUGGCGGUGGAGGCAUGUGUGAACAUUGCUCAGCUACUGCCUCAGGAGGAUCUGGAGGCCUUGGUGAUGCCCACUCUGCGUCAGGCUGCUGAGGACAAGUCCUGGCGCGUCCGGUACAUGGUGGCUGACAAGUUCACGGAGCUCCAGAAAGCCGUGGGGCCUGAGAUCACUAAGACAGACCUUGUACCUGCCUUCCAGAACCUUAUGAAAGACUGUGAGGCCGAGGUGAGGGCUGCAGCCUCCCACAAGGUCAAAGAGUUCUGUGAAAAUCUCUCAGCUGACUGUCGGGAAAAUGUGAUCAUGACCCAGAUCUUGCCAUGCAUCAAGGAACUGGUAUCGGACGCCAACCAACAUGUAAAGUCAGCCCUGGCCUCAGUCAUCAUGGGCCUGUCUCCCAUCCUGGGCAAAGACAACACCAUUGAGCACCUCUUGCCCCUCUUCCUAGCUCAGCUGAAAGAUGAGUGCCCUGAGGUGCGGCUGAACAUCAUCUCCAACCUGGACUGUGUGAACGAGGUGAUCGGCAUUCGGCAGCUCUCUCAGUCACUGCUCCCGGCCAUUGUGGAGCUGGCUGAGGAUGCCAAGUGGCGAGUGCGGCUGGCCAUCAUUGAGUACAUGCCCUUGCUGGCUGGACAGCUGGGAGUGGAAUUCUUUGAUGAGAAACUCAAUUCCUUGUGCAUGGCCUGGCUGGUGGAUCAUGUCUAUGCUAUCCGUGAGGCGGCCACCAGCAACCUGAAGAAGCUGGUAGAGAAGUUCGGGAAGGAGUGGGCCCAUGCCACUAUCAUCCCCAAGGUCUUGGCCAUGUCUGGGGACCCCAACUACCUUCACCGAAUGACUACGCUCUUCUGCAUCAACGUCCUCUCCGAAGUUUGCGGACAGGACAUCACCACCAAGCACAUGCUGCCCACAGUUCUGCGUAUGGCUGGGGACCCGGUCGCCAAUGUCCGCUUCAAUGUGGCUAAGUCCCUACAGAAGAUAGGACCCAUCCUUGACAACAGCACCUUGCAGAGUGAAGUCAAGCCCAUCCUGGAAAAGCUGACACAGGACCAGGAUGUGGAUGUCAAGUACUUUGCCCAGGAGGCUCUGACUGUUCUGUCUCUUGCCUGAUGCUGGAAGAAGAGCCAACACCGGCCUCUGGUGUCCACCCUCCCACCCACUCCCACCAAGUACCUCCCUUGGGGAGAUAGUGGGGGGGCCACUGACUGUCACUCCCUGUGCAUGGUCUGACCCCAGGCCCCUUCCCCUAGCACGGUUCUUCUCUCCAGCCUGGGAAGACUUCUCACUGCCCACCUCCCGAGGGACUGGGGGAGCACAAGGUGGGGCAGGGCAGCAACCAGGAGGAAUGGGCUGCUCUUGCCCACCAAGUUGGGGGAGAGAAGCAAGCAUCCUAGGUCACUGGCUCCUGCUGCUGUAAUGGGACCCCCUCCCCCACAUACUUAAUCCACCUCCUUUUUUCCCAUCCCUGUUCCUUCCCUCCUCUGGUGGUUUAUUUGUGUCAACUGUGCCGUUUUUAUUUUAUUCUUUUCCCCCCUAUUUUCACAGAGAAAUAAAGGUCUAGAAAUAGUUGGUC